CUACUGAAAUUAAAGAGGACUAUUCAUGCUCAUAUGAUCUCAGGAGUUGAUUGUGACCUAAGUAAAUCAACGGAAUAUGUUAAACAGAAAAUAAACCAAUUAAUCUUUGUAGUGUAAGAUGCAUAUUAGAUAAGAUGGCUUCUUUGUGCUUAGAGAUGCGGCCUCUUGCUCUCAAGAACACCUUUGCUGAGCAAUCUUUUAAUUAAAAGUUUGAAGUAUAUGUUUCUUGACUGGUCUGGUACUGGCUACCUCAUAUAAGAUGCUGGCUACCUCAUAAUACAUCAAAUAUGAUGGUCUGGAAAUGGUUCAGAUUGAGUGGGCUCCUCUCCAACCUAGUUCCUUUCUUUCUUAAACUGUAUGAUGUUGUUUUAGGCAUGGAUUUUUUUUAACAAAAGACUUUUACAGUAACAGCUUCAUCCUGCAUAUGUUCACAGAGAAAUUUCUAUUGUAUCAUCAGAGGGGUUGCUUCUCAAUUAGGUCUGCAUCAGAUCACAUCCUUUGGUAUGAAACUUUCUCGGAGGGUCAGCCAUACGAAAAGAAACCACGACAAUGACGGUGAAGGGAGCUUCCAGUCUGCUCCGUAAAACAGAAGCCUCAUCGUAUGAUCUAACAAGCCUCCACCAGAUGGAGCAGCCUGCCAUUACUAGGCGAUAACGGAGAAGCACUCUGUACGUGCUCAGAUGCAUCCCCGCUCAAUCUCCAACAGUACUACUCACUGAAAACAGGCGCCAAGAAUCGCUUCCAAGUAAACACAAGAAAGCAGUUAUUUAAGGCCGACAACAAUAACCUAAUUGAUUUAUCCAAGCCGGUGAGGAAAGAUGGGUCGUUGCGAGGGGCGUAGCUAUUAAUAACGGCCCCUCAAGCAUCAGCUGCUCCCCUCCCUCAAGGAGUUGAUGUGAAAGCAUCAUUGUCCAGACACCGCCUGCGUGCCUCUCUCACAAACCCACAACGCUUGGGCCUUCAGGUUUGAGCUUCAGAAGCCUUUCUGCCGCCAAAGGGAAAGCUUCCCACCGACAAGAAGAACGGAAAGAAAGGGAACGGACAUGAUGGCGGCAGCCGCGGCCGGAUAUGCGUGUCCGCCUCCUUCUGCUGUGGGCUGCUGCUGACGCCGCCACCGGCGCAGCUGACUCCGGGCGGGCCCAGCCUCGAAAAAGGAGCCAUGCAGCGGUUAACUGUGGAGAGGAGCUGCGAGAGGAGAGGCUGCGCUUCCCUGCCCGGCCAUGUAGAGGGGGCCCGUCCCGCUUAGUCCAGCCUGGGAGACAAGCGGCCGCCUCCGUCGGAGGAGAAGGGAAGGGAGGGGAGGAGGGGAGGGGGAAGAAGCGAGAGAAAGCCUGAGAAGGGAGGAGGCGGCGGCAGCAGCAGCUGCGGGGCUCCUGCUGCCUUGUAGGGUGAGAGGGUCGCCGGGGUGAAGCCUUGGGGCGCCAUGGAGGACAUCAACUCUAACGUGAACGCGGAUGCCGAAGUGCGGAAGCUUCAGGAGCUGGUGAAGAAGCUGGAGAAGCAGAACGAGCAGCUUCGCAUUCGUAGUGCUGGUGGGGCGCCGGGCGGCAGCCCGAAACGGCUCCUCAGUAGUAGCGGCGGCGGCGGCGGNNNCGGGCCCAGGCGGCCUCCCCCGAGCGAGGAGAAUGGAGGCAGCGGCGGCGGCAGCUUGGCCCCCGCAGAGGCGGCAACAGCAGCAGCCGGGGGAGCCGGGGAACGUGCCGGCCUGCUGGACGAAGUGGAGCCCCUGCGGCCCGACGAGCUGGAGCGGCUGGCCGGCUGCGAAGAAGACGAGACGGGCUGGUUGUAUACGUCACCAAAAAAGAAAGUGACCCCAGUGCAAAAAUCUAUUAGUCCACUGGUUUGGUGCAGGCAAAUACUGGAUUAUCCGACACCAGAUAUUGAAUGUGCUAAAAAAUCAUUGAUCCACAGACUUGAACAAACAAUGUCAGCCCUUAAGAGACAUGGCCUUUACAGUAAUCCCUUCAGCAGUGUCAACUACGCAAAUUCCUACAGUCCAAAUGCAGGCAGCCCAUACAGCAGUAGUUUCAACUCUCCUUCCUCCACACCAGUGAAACCUCCUUUAGUAAAGCAACUCAUACUUCCUGGCAAUGCAGGUCAUUUCAAAAGUUCAACAGAUAGAAAUCCUCCACUAAGUCCACAGUCCUCUAUUGAUAGUGAAUUAAGUGCUUCAGAAAUGGAUGAGGACUCAAUUGGAUCAAAUUACAAAUUAAAUGACUUAACAGAUGUACAAAUUUUAGCCCGGAUGCAAGAGGAAAGUCUCCGGCAAGAAUAUGCUGCAACUGCUUCUCGGCGUAGCUCUGGUUCUUCAUGCAGUUCAAUGAGACGAGGUACAUUUAGUGACCAGGAACUUGAUGCACAGAGUUUAGAGGAUGAAGAAGACAGCUGCCACCAUGCAGUGCAUCCAGCUGUUAACCGGUUUUCUCCGUCACCACGGAAUUCACCACGGCCUUCACCAAAGCAGUCACCAAGGAAUUCUCCUAGAUCUCGAUCGCCAGCUAGAAGUAUAGAAUAUAGUCGAGUGUCACCCCAACCUAUGAUUAGUCGAUUGCAGCAGCCUCGUCUUUCUCUCCAAGGCCACACCACUGAUCUACAGACUAGCAGUGUCAAAAACGAAGAAAAACUAAGACGUAGUCUUCCAAACCUGUCCAGGACAUCUAACAUCCAAGUUGAGUCUGUGAAAAACAGUAGAAGUGACUCAAACUUUCAAGUGCCAAAUGGAGGAAUACCUCGUAUACAACCUCAGACCUCUGCCAUUCCUUCUCCCAGUAAAUUCCGAUCCCCAGCAGCACCAUCUCCCUUGGCUCUGAGACAGCCAGUAAAAGCAUUUAGUAACCACGGACCUAGCCCUGCUGUCCCAGAAGCCGUCCAACUUCCACACAGCAGCUCCUCACCAGGUCAGUUAGCAGCUCCCACUUCAGUCUCUCCAAGCCCAGCCAGCAACAUCAACAGUACAACACUUACAAGACCUGCAGGGACAACAGCAAUGAGGAGUGGUUUGCCAAGACCUAGUGCCCCUUCUACUGGGGGCAUACCAGUGCCUCGCAGUAAACUUGCACAGCCCGUUCGCAGAACCUUACCAGCUCCCAAAGCCUAUAGCAACAUGAAAGAUGAGAGCUGGAAGGACGGCUGCUACUAAGCUACAUUACUCAGCAGGUACUCCUUCACCAGGCUAAACGACAGAUCAAUAUGCAGACUGAUCAGAUAAGACUUUUGGGGUUUGUAAAUCCCUAGACCUCUGUCCUUAAUUAGCACAAGCUGGCAGAGAUUAUAAAACAGCACUUUAAUGACAUUAACAUCAGAUACUUGGUGAUCACUCAAAUCACUUUUACAUGAAUUGCUUUUCACCUCUGGAGCGCCGUUUCCCCCUAUUUCUUAAAAAUUGUUAUAAAUGCUCACACAGCUACAAUAGCCUACAUCCAGCCAGACACCUCAAAAUGCCAAAGAAAUACUAAUUGUGAAAAAGCAGCAUGUAGAGUGGUAAGCAAAUUGUUUCUAAAACAUGCAUUACUUGAUUUGAUUCAAGGUUUUUGGAGAUGUAAUUUGUAAACAAUAACAUAUUAGUCAAAAAUUGGAUUGCAAAGUGCUACUGUGCUAGUGAGAUUUUUUAAAACAAUUGUAGAAAAUUUUGAUGGAGAAAUUGUUGAAUUACAGCAGUUCCAUUUAGUACAUUUGUCUGUGGAGUAUCACUAAAGAAGUGGUAGGGAAGCCAUGUCACUGGUCUAUAACAAUCUAGAUUCAGUAACUCUCCCAAAAUUGGGUACCUCUGCUUAUGAUGACUUGACAUAUCUGAUUUUGUGUAAUUUUUUUAUUGCCAAAAGGGCUUAGUAUCAGUUGUACAAUCUUUCCAGCUCUAGCAGUUCCUGGCUCAGGAAAAAAUGGCCUUUGCUCUAACAGCCACAUUUUUACAUAAUAACACACUAUUUUGAAAAGUUAUUUUUAGAGCAUGUUUCCUUGAAAAGGAAAAAGAUAGUAUCCAUUAAUCACAGCACAGUGCUUGUAGCCUGGAACUUAACUGAACACACCAGUAGCUAAAAUGAAGAAAAGACAACUAUGCACCUACAACCUAGAGAUUCUAAGGAAAUGAGCUGUACUGUUGAUACCAAAUGAUAUAUUCAUGUGGGCAACGUUUCAUGGUAAGAGGGAGUCUUCUUUAUCUUGUUCUUUUUUAAGAAAAAAAUUCCUAAAAUAAUUUGUUGUUAAUUGUAAAUAUUUCUGCUGAAGUUAUUGCCCAUGUCAGUAUGUUAACUAUGUACUUGCCUUACAGUUGUAUUUUUACAUUGUUGGUAAAAAAACAUGUUUUUUAAAAAAAUAUCCUGCCACAUAUGUUUACAACAUGUUUAGCUCUUGUAGUAGCUGUCAGGCUAACCAAUACUCACUACUGUUUUUGCCUAUCCUUGUUGGCAGUGUCUCCUACCAAACAUUAAAACUGCUACAAUUAAAACCCCACCCCAACCACUUCUAUAGUUUUUGUGCUGUGUUAGAAGAUUGAAAGUGUGUUACAUGAAAAUAGAUUGCAAGGAGGGAAAAACCACCUCCAUUAUAAGGGAUGAAUAGACAGUCUCUCAGUAUAACAUUUGGCUAAGAGUGUCCAGCACUUAGAAAUUGUGGAAUGAAAAAAAAAAGAAGUUAGUCAGGAUACCUUUUCUGUAAUGACUGUGAAGAAUCCAGCAGGCUCUCUUGGAGUGCAUGGUAGGUUGCCUUUUAAACUCAUGCCUGCCUGCCUGCCUCUUUAAAUGUGCUUUCUAGACCUUACAACAAAGAGUGAUUGGUUUGGAAUUUCAGUCCUUAAAUUAUUAGCUAGUCUUCAUAGAUUAGUGGAUAAAAAGCCAUGCAAUUAUUACUUGAAUUGGAAAAGUGAACAGGAUAGAUAGGACCAGAUAUUGGCGCUAGCAGUCUUCACCACUUGUGAGCAACAUUUUAUUGGUUAAAUGCAGGGCCAUUUUUAUGACUAUGUAAGAAGUUAUGGUAUUCCUAUUAUAGGAAUCAACAGGUGCUGAUUUAUAAAGGCACAGCACAGGAUAUGCAUAAGUCACUUGCCAAGAAAGAUACAUGAAUGGUGUGCCACCUUCUGAUUCCCAGCAUAAUCGUAUGUUAGAAAUAGACAUGUACAGCAGCAUUUCCCACACUGUAUUUUUAUACAGUGGAUGAUUUCCAGUGCUAUAAAUUCCAGUCAUGGCAUGGGAACUGAUGCCCUUCUAACUGUGAAUGCUACUGCUAAACAUUUUCAUCUGGUAUGUCUUCCAGAGUCAAUAUAACAUAUAGGAAAACAGAGACAGGGAGUAAUAGAGCUGUGUUGUGCAGAGCAGAAAAUACAUAGUUCUCAGAUAUUUUAGGUAAAUCUACCUAGUCUCAUUUUUAAAACUUUUAAACUCUAGCAAAGUAGAUCUUUCAGUCUUCAGAUAUAAAUUCUAAUUUGUGCUUUAAUUAGGAAAAUAUUUAACUGAUUUUGUUUUAUUUUUUUAAAAACACAGAUGUUGCCUUUUUAACCAAGUUACAUCAUCCUAUUUUAUAAUCUACUGUUUUUAUAAAACUCAGCUAUUUAAUCAUUUUUGAAGAUGUCUUGAGUUCUGGAAACAUCCUGCUGCUACAUCAUAAUAAACAUCCUGCGAAUAUAAAUUCCUCAAAGAAAAAACUGCCAGUUUACUGAGGGAGAUUCUGUGCAUUAACAGUUUAUUUGAUUAUGAGGACAUCUAGGACUUUCUGUGUUUAGAGGUUUGGAUAUAUUGAAAAAGUGUGGAAACAUGAAUUUGAUAAACUAGUGCCUAUGAUUUACUUAAUUUAUGUUUGUUAAUAGCUGUAAGGGUUUAUGAAUGUGGAUUAUUUUUUGUGCCAACAACUCAGAAAUGUUGUAUGUAUGUAGCCAGAAGAGAAAGGAGUUCUGCUUCCAAAGUUAUUUAAUUUUUCCUCAAUGUUUGAAUGUUUUUGUAAGUGUUAAUUAAAAAGUGUAAAAAAGGAAAGGUAUAAAUAUUCUUACCACAA